CCACUCAUAUCCCAGUCCCAGCCUGAGAUGACGUUAGCAGGUUUUCCCACAAUCGCCAAACUUUUUGACAGACCCCAUCACGAAACACGCCGAAAAGGGUCUAGCAAAUGGUACCGGGAACAGUUUGCCGUUAGUCUUGCCGUGGUUCCGGGUGGGUACGUGGCUUGUGGGAAGAAAAAAAUCUACUAUAGUUAGACUAGAUGGAACACUUGCGCCACAACCUUAUCGUGGUUUUGAUUCCCGGCUUUCCCUGUUGUUUGGGACAUUGAUGACACACGGCCAUGUUCGCGUGUUUUUGAAUCCUGUUCUCUGUGGAAACCUUCUCUUUUUCUCCCUUUUUUUCUUCUUCGUCUACACAUAGCAUAAAAUAUUCCUUCUCCGAUCGCUCAAGCCUCUCCUCUUUUUGACCUUUUUUUGAAUCUCUCGUCGAUUUAAUACACGAUUUCCUACCUGAAGUAUCAACAAUAAAACAAGCGGAAUUUCCACCAUGGAGUUUGGAAAAACAAUCGGAACGGCAUGCACAUCCUUCAUCAUAACAAACAUCGACGACAUCUUCGUCCUCGUAACCUUCUUCGCCGAGUCCUCCACCAGCGCCACACUCACGCCACUCAGGAUCGCGCUGGGCCAGUACAUCGGAUUCACCAUCAUCGUCGGCAUCAGCAUGAUUGGGUUCGGUCUUGCGCUCGUGCUUCCCGCCGAACCUAUUGGGUUUCUGGGACUGCUGCCGAUACUGCUGGGAUUGUGGAAGGGGUUCGAUAUUGUGUUUCCGGACCGCGAAGAGGAGGACGAUGGGCUCGAGGAAGACAAUGGCAGGAAGUCGAAGAUUGCGAGUGUGAAGAGCGUGUUGAAGGUCGCUGGGAUAACGCUCAUGAACGGCGGGGAUAACAUUGGGACGUAUACGCCGCUGUUCUCGCAGGCCAAGGGCGCAGAGAUCGCCGUGUACAUCGUCACACAUAUCCUGCGCGUUGCCGAGAGGUAUGCGCACCUGGUUAUCCCGUUUUUGUACGUUGGGCUGGGGAUUUUCAUCACGGUCAAGUCGGAGUGUUAUCCGUGGUCAAUUGGCCAUAUCGACCGAGAUAUCGCGUCGCACCCCGGGAAAAUAAUCAUGGGAGUCGUCACGGCGGUUCUAUUAGCAGGGGCUAUCGGUGUUAUGGUGUGGUUUCAACUACGGGGGAUGCCGAGGAAGCCCGCGAGCGAUACGGCCGGGGAUGAUGUGGACGCUGAAAUUGGCGACGACGCUACGAUUGUUGAGCAGACUGCGACAAAAGACUCGGAGCAGUCACAACUGCAAGUUUCGAAAGAAUCACCGCAACACCCGCUCGACGAACCGAAAUCACAACACGAGCCGACGGGUUUGAGCACAUGA